AAACCAGUGAAUGAGGUGGGGCUGUAAGAUUCCCAAGAUUCUUUCUCAAAUUGCUCUCUCCAAUUCCCCUCCCUAUAUAAAUCCCCCACCACCACUCAUCAUCCCAUCCCAUGCACAUUCCAGAGUUCUCCAAUUUCCUCACUCUCUAUUCCCAUCACUCAGUUCAAUCCACUGUAAUAUCAAACAACUUGCUCCUCCUACUUCCUGUUAUAGAUCUUUGCUCGGCUCAUCGGAACUUCCAAUGGCCACCGCCGAGGUUGUAUCAGCUACAGCGGCACUCGUGGAAGAGAAGGUCGAACUAGAGGAACAAACCAAAGUUAAAGAGGAAGUUGUUACACCUGCUGAAGAUAAGCCUACAGAUCAGAAAGAAGCAGCAACAGCUGCAGCAGAUCCUGUUCCUGCAGCUGAACAGGAAGCUGAAGCCAAGGCUGAAGCCGAGACUGCUGAGACAAAGGACGAGGCUAAACCCGAGGAGCCAUCAGCAGAGGAGGCUAAGGCUGCGGAGCCGACAGGUGAUGAAGAGAAGAAAGGCGAGGAGAGCUCAAAGGUAGCUCCUGAGCCGCAGCCAGCUGCCACCGAAGAGACAAAGGAGAAAGAAGCAGAGAAAACUGAAGAAGCGGAGUCCGAGAAAGAGAAAACAGCCGAAACUGAAUCCCCAGAAGCUGUUGCAACAGAGGAAGUGAAGGGGGAAGCAGAAGCAGAAGUUGCUGCUGCCGCUGCUGCCGCUGCUGAAGCCGAGGACAAGACCGAGUGAUGAGAUCAAAGGAAAGCAUGAUUCAUGGAGAUGGAGAUGGAGAUGGGAGUCUCGCUUUAUAUUGCGCCAUUGCAGUUGUUGUUGGGGUCACUACUGUUUAUUUUAAUUAGAGUUUAGAUCUAAUAACGAAAGGGUGCUUUGGUAGUGAGUAUGGGUCUUCAGUUAACUGAGUCAUGUCAUGUAAAAUUGGUCUUGUUGUGUAAUGUGAUGUCCCCAACUUUGCCAGUUGCUAGUGGGGAUUCCGAAUAAUAACAAGAAGGUAUGUAGUCCUUACUAUGUCGUUCUCCUACUUCGAACAAGUGAAUCAGUCAAUUUUUUUUAAUGAA